AAAUAAGUGACGAGGAAAAAUAAACAACGCAAAAGGUGUUGAAUAACGUGAGCGAGUUUAACAUUACUAUUGUGGAAAAAACUCUGAAUAGAAUGGAGGAUUUUCGAGAGGAAAGAAUAUUGUUAGAGCCAGUGAGUCCAACAGGGGAGUUCUUGAACAACUCAGUGUUAUCAGUUUCAAUUCUUGCUGUUUUGGAAAUUGAGAUUCCCAUUACUAUUGAUAUUUCGCAAGCUACGUCUUUGGUUUGUGGUGUUUUGCUCCCCAUCAACCCACGUUUCUCUUCAAUCAUGGUUGAGGAUUCCAAUGGAAACAAAAAAUGGCAGAAUGUGGAAGUGAAGUUUGAAGAUCAUUUAAAUUUCCCAAAUUUUCCCUUCGGACUUUCACCAGAAUCAUAUGAUAAAUAUCUUGAUGAAUAUUUAUCGAAGAUGGCUACCGCAAAAUUUCCACAAAACAAACCUCUAUGGGAAAUUCAUAUAGUAAAAUAUCCAACUAGCAAAGCAGCUGGUAAUAUCAUAUUCAAGUUUCACCAUGCACUUGGCGAUGGCUACUCUUUAAUGGGUGCUCUUCUUUCUUCUCUACAAAGAGCUGAAAAUCCUUCUCUUCCUCUAACAUUUCCUACAUGCCAAAGCUCCAAACUUAAAAGAAAUAGAAGCAUAAUUCAUCGUCUGCCUCAAAUUUUCUCUUCGAUAUUAUAUACCAUACCAGAUUUCGGUUGGAGUCUUAUAAAGAGCAACUUUUUAAAAGAUGAUCAAUCACCAAUAAGGUCUGGGAAUUAUGUUGGAGUUGAAUUUCAACCAACAAUAUUAACUACCACGACGUUCUCUCUCGAUCAAGUGAAAUUAAUCAAGAAUAAGCUUGUAGCCACAAUAAACGACGUAAUUUGUGGAAUAAUAUUCUUUGGCGCUCGACUAUACAUGCAAGAGAUUAACGAAGAAUCAACAAACUCGAAUUGCACAGCAAUUGUGUUGCUGAAUACAAGGAUGUUUAUGGAUUAUGCUUCUGUUAAUGAGAUGAUGAAACCUGAUUCCAAGACGCCAUGGGGAAAUCGAUUUGCUUUUUUGCAUAUACCAAUUCCCAAAUUCAGAAAUGAUCAAUUUUCAAAUCCAUUGGAUAUUGUUCGGUAUGCCCAAAAAGUAAUCGGGAGAAAGAGAAAAUCUUUAUCUGUUUACCUCAACGGCAGGCUAUUGGAGAUGGUGAAGAAAUUUAAAGGCUAUGAGGCAGCAGCAGAGCUCAUGUACAACACGGUGACAAAUGCAAGCAUGGUUAUCUCAAAUAUGAUUGGUCCGGUGGAACAGAUGGCUUUGGCUAAUCAUCCUGUUAAGGGCUUAUAUUUUUCCCUGGGCGGGACACCCGAGGACCUGAAUAUAAGCAUUGUGAGUUACAUGGGGAAGCUGAGCGUUACCUUUGGAACUAAAGAAGGGCAUAUAGACCUGCAGAAGUUCAAGUCAUGCAUUGAACAAGCUUUUGACACCAUCUUCAAAGCAGCACAAAACUCUUAAUAGAACUAGGAUUUUUUUUUUUUUAAAUGAAUAAUAGGACUAGCCUUUGAAAGAUAAAACGUAAGGCAUAAAUUAGUUUCCUUAAUAUAUAUUGGAUUGCUUCACGAUGGACGCUUCACGCCCCAUUAUACUUGCUAAGACGUAUAAUUUCAAUACAUUAUUAUUAUCAUUAUUUUACAUUCUAGUUAGAGUGUGAAACUUCACCUAUAAAAUAAAUGUGCAACUCUA